ACUACACCUCGAGUUAAUCACCACAAGAACAAGCAACAAUCCAAUCUACUCUUCCAUACUAAGAUAAAAGUUCAAGAUGGCAGCCCAGGAGAAGAACAUGCAAGAGAUAGAGAAGGCAAAGAAGCUAAACCAUGUGCCCUGGUGCGAAGAGUACGAGAAGAUGAUCUCAGGAAUGCUCUACAACGCCUUCAGUCCAGAACUAAACAAAGCCCGCUACCAAGCCCGCGCCUUCGCCCAUAAAUACAACACUUGGUUCCCCGACCCCACCACCGACCCAGACAAAGGCUUUGACACGCUCGCAGCCGAGCGUCUCGGCCUCCUCAAGCAAAUCAUCGGUCACAUAGCCGAUGAUGAGAUUUUCAUCGAACCACCCUUCAACAUUGACUACGGCUGUAACAUCUCACUCGGUUCUCGCUUUUACAGUAACUUCAACUUGACCAUACUAGACUGCAGCCUCGUUACCAUAGGGAACCGCUGCAUGUUUGGUCCCAACGUAUCCAUCUUUGCUGCUACUCACGAGGCAGAGGUGCAGUCGCGGCGCGACAAUAUUGAAUAUGGACGUCCGGUUGUGAUUGGCGAUGAUUGCUGGGUUGGCGGAAACGUAGUGAUCCUACCUGGUGUGACGAUAGGGAGGGGGGUUACUGUGGGUGCCAUGAGUGUUGUGACCAAGAAUGUGCCGGAUUUCUGUGUCGUCAUGGGACAGCCGGCUAGGGUUGUGAAGAAAGUGAAGGAGGUACAGCCAAUGGAGGAGGAUAGGGUUGUUGGGAACAAGUGAGGACAUGGUAUACACCAAGAUAAGAUCUGGUUAUAUACAUUUUUUGUGUCAAAGGUAGACAUGAUUAGUUAAAUAACCGACCGAGCAAGCCUAACAUCGAGCGAUCAUAUACAAUUGUAGCAAAAGAGUUUAAGUAUCA